AUAGUAAAAGUAAUAAAAUGGUUGACACAUAUAGCUUGUUUAAGAAGUUAGGAAGCGGAGCAAAUUUUGAUUUAAAGAGGUUUAAAACUGACGCAGAAAAAUUUAAGAUACUAAUGAGAUUCAGGAAAAAGAGCAUGCCAUCUGGGUCCACAAGCCUAACAUUAAAUAAAUUAUCAAGUCUUCUUUCAAUCUUGGAUGGAUGUUAUUUUGAAAUAACCAAUUAUGUCUAUGAAAAAAAGUUUUGGCUAGACAAAAGCUGUUUGAAUAAAUUCUUGUCUAUACAAGCCGACUUGGCUUCAAACCUGUUAAAGCCUCUAAAGAUAAUAUCUAGUUCCAGUUCUACUAUUGAUAAAAAUGAUUUUAUUGAAGAGCUUGAUUUUUUUGGUACAAAAAAAGAUUGUAGCAAAAAAGAUGGCAGCAAAACUUUUUUUAAUGAAACCAAAACUGUUAUUGGUGAUGAUGUAGAAAAUGUCAAAAUAGAAGAUAUAAAUAAAAAGAAAAAAAAGAAAAGAAAGUUACCAGAUGAUGGCAUUACCUUGCUAAGUUGUAAAAAUAAAAAAGUUAAAGACAAAAAUGUAUCUAAAGAAAAAGUUAAUCAACAACACAUUGAAAAAAUAAAUAUCUUUCGUAAGGAACAUCUCAUACAUGUUUAUGGUUUUGACAUUGCUGAUCCAAUUUCAUCUUUCCUUGAUCUGAAAGAAAGAUUUAAUGUUCCGACUAUCAUUAUGAAAAAUGUCAAGGAAAAUGGUUUUGAAGUUCCUACUCCUAUUCAAAUGCAAGCUAUACCAGUAAUUUUACAGCAUCGUGAGAUGUUGGCAUGUGCACCUACUGGAAGUGGGAAGACACUUGCUUUUAUUUUACCAAUCUUAUGUCAUUUAAAGGAGUCAAAAAAGACUGGAAUUAGAGCAGUUAUUGUGUCUCCUACUAGAGAACUUUCUCAACAAAUUUACAGAGAGUUUGUUCGGAUGAAUGCUGGUAUUGGAUUAAAAAUUGAUAUACUUACAAAAGCCAAAAUAAAUAAUUUUAAAUCAAAAGCUUGUGAUAUUUUAAUAUCAACUCCAAAUCGAUUAGUUCAUUUGCUUAAACAAGACUUUGCUCCUGAUUUAGGAAUUGUGGAAUGGUUGGUUCUUGAUGAAGGUGAUAAACUUUUUGAAGAUGGAGAAGCUGGAUUUAGAGGACAGGUUGCUUUAAUAUACCAAGCUUGCAGCAAUCCAUCUAUUAAACGCCUAUUGUUUAGUGCAACACUUGCAAACAGUGUGGAAGACUGGUGUAAAGAUCACCUAGACAAUGUAGUUAGAAUUACAGUUGGUAACAGAAACGCAGCCACUGAUACUAUAGAUCAAGAGCUUAUUUUUGUUGGUCAAGAAUCUGGUAAACUUCUAGCAAUACGUCAAAUUUUACAUAAAGGUUUUCAGCCACCUAUACUUGUAUUUGUGCAAAGUAAAGAUCGAGCAAAAGAAUUGUUUAAUGAACUGGUUUAUGAUGGUCUUAAUGUAGAUGUAAUUCAUUCUGACCGAACUCAAGCACAGAGAGAAAACAUAGUAAAAUGCUUUAGGACGGGAAAGAUUUGGAUUUUAAUAGCAACAGAUCUAAUGGGUAGAGGAAUAGAUUUCAAAGGAGUAAAUAUGGUCAUCAAUUAUGACUUUCCAUCAACAACAGUUAGCUAUAUUCAUAGAAUUGGACGUACAGGUCGAGCUGGUCGAAGGGGAAAAGCAAUCACACUUUUUACUGAAGAUGAUGUGGUAAAUCUUCGUAGCAUAGCUAACGUGGUUCGAUCCUCAGGUGGCGAAGUUCCUGAUUGGAUGCUUAAGCUUAAAAAAUUAGAUAGUCGCACAAAGAAAACACUUAGAAAAGUUCCGUUGGAACGACCACAUAUCAAUACAGUUUCAAAGUAUGAUGCAGAGAAACGAAAUAAGAAAAAGCAAAUGAUUGAACAGUCUAAAGCAAAGAAAAAAGAAAAAGAAAACAGUUGAUAUUUUAUAAAUCUUUUUUAAAAAAGAUUUUUUAAAUAACUAUUUGAAGAAUAAAAAAAAAGUUUUUUUUUUCUUGUUAUUUUUUUUUUUUUUUUGUAAUAAUCAUUUCAAUGUAAUAUAUUAUUCUACUGCAUUGUAAAUUACAACAUAAUUAUUGUGAAUCAGAGAUGGGUAAUUGGAAUAAA